AUGGAGCUCAUGUUCAAUACUGCGCGCCCAAAUGUGCAGGGCACCAAGGUGUUGCAAGCGAUAAACACCACAUUUGUAUUCAAAAUUGUGCAGAGCAUCGAUGGAGUGCAUCAUUUUCAUACUCUAAUCUUGUACAUAACGGAGAAGCUGCGUUUAAGCACACCCGGCGCAGUACAUUUUUUCAAUCAGAUGUGGCUGAUCUUUCCGCUGGUACCCCGCAUAAUUGUAAGGAACAAUGAGGGAAUGAGUAAUACGUUAAGGGAUAUGAUUAGCACACCAUCCCUGGUCCUGGUCCUAACAACAGAUCGUACGGAUCCCAUUAUGGAAGUGGCGUCAAAAUCACUCACAAGCAGGCGAUGGCUAAAGACAAUAUUCAUACUCUUUCCCUAUUUGAGCAGUGGCGACAUUCACAAUAACUUUACCACAUUCACCGAGUUCUCGAACAUCUGUAAGAAUGUGCUGCGCUGGGCAUGGGAGAAGCAGUUCAUCAACUCCUUCCUGUUGACGAUUGGUGAAAAUGUCUACCAGCUGGAUCCGUAUCCAACGGAGAGCAUUGUGAAUUAUACGCAAGUUUGGCAGGAUGCUGAUUUCUUUCGUCCUUUAAAUAGGCAUAUGAAUAAAUAUGUGGUGAGCACACCCGUCAUGUACGACAUGCCCCGGGUGUUUAAGGGUGCGGAUCAGAAAACUAUCUUCGGCUCGAGUGCAAAAUUGUUUUUGGGUUUUCUGGAUUAUGUGAAUGCCACAUUGAAGGAUACGAGUGCAGAUAUGAUGAAUAAAGAGUUCGAUUUACCUUAUCUGCUGGAACUGGUUUCCCAAGGUGUCUAUGAGACCCUGAUACACUCCUAUACGGAUCUCGCUGCCAACUACUCAACGAGCUUUAGUUAUCCCAUUGCCAUCAAUGAUUGGUGUUUGAUGGUGCCCUUUAGAAACGGCUCGAUGCAGGAGCUGUACGUGAAGGAAGCAUUAGAAGAUGAUGUUUGGCUUAUCCUGAUUGCAAUCAUAUUUUAUAUGGGUGUUUCCAUAUGGAUUUGUACGCCAAAUCGUCCGAGGGAUUUCAGCGCCGCCCUGCUGCAGUGCGUCUGCAGCCUGACAAAUAUGCCACCCAUUGCGGUCAUCAAGAUAGCCACCUUAAGGAUGAGAUACUUGUUUGCCAUGUUCUCCAUCAUGGGCUUGGUUGGCUCCAACAUGUAUGUCAGCAAGAUGACCAGCUAUUUUACAACUGCUCUGCAGGAGGAACAAGUCAACAGCAUGCAGGAUGUGAUCGAUGCCAACCUGAGGAUACUGGUUGUGGACUAUGAAUAUGAAGCACUCGCUAGCAUGCCGGAACAGUAUUCGCCACGAUUCAUGCAGCAGGUGGAUAUGGGGGAGACUCGUGUUGUUCAACGUCAUCGCGAUAAAUUGAACGCAACGUAUGGUUACUUUAUGUCCAGCGAUCGUUGGGAAACGAUUGACAUGCUGCAGCGGAAUCUGAGGGUGCCCGUGUUUAAGCUAACGUCAAUCUGCUCGGGUCCCUUCUAUCAUGUUUAUCCCCUGCCUCUGGAUUCACAUCUGCGUUCACCGCUGCAGGAGUUUAUACUGAUUGCUCAGGAGUCGGGUCUGCGACAUCAUUGGAAGUGGGAGGCCUUCUGGGAGGCAAUGUAUAUGGGGGUCUAUCAGUGGACUAUUGUCAAUGAAUCUCCGGUGCCACUCAGCAUGAGUUUCUUCUCCAGCAUGAUGCGCACCUGGUGCGUUGGACUAGUCCUCGCCGGGCUCACCUUUAUCCUCGAGAUGAAGUGGCAUCAGCACGUCUUUGAAGAGUAUUGCCUGAAGUCGUACAACAAACUGCGCAGGAUUUUCAGAAGACGCAGGAGAGCCGGUAGACGAUGA